AUGCAGGCCUCGAGGGUUCAGUCAAGUCUACAGGGAAUCAUGAAGAAUAUCUCAGAUAAAACCACACACAUCAAUGCUGCUCUCACUUUCUACCACGAUCCUAUUGUAGCUGGGCUAUUCAGUGGAUCCAAAAAGUUCUACAUAGUUGUAAUCGGUCACGAGUCUGGCAUUUUCUUGUCUUGGCACAUCAUUUGGGUAAUGCUACCGAUAUCUCAAGUCCACGCGCUUCUACCUUACAAAGUCUCUCGCUUCAAAGUCUCUCUUGACAAUGAAUUCCAUCAAACCCUACAUCUCAAGGUACUGAUGCGCGCAAUACGUCUAACAUUCAUCUUCCACUGUCACCCACCCAAAAUCCCACACGUGCUUGAAGAAUACCUGCCAAUGCCUCAAUAUCUACACCAACGGCUAUUUACCAGCACAUACGCUCAUGGGUAUACUUUGAAGGCUUUACUUCAUAUUGCUCAUGCCCAUGAUAUGAGUUCUUCAUGUCAAGAGUUUGUGAUGGCCAUUGCUGCCAAGGGAAUGCCUAUGGCUGAAGCUGUCUUCCUUUGGGGACUCAUCGCAGCUGAUGGUGUUGAUGAAUGA